AUGGCAGAUGUUUCCUUUCGAACGGAUGGAGUCAAGCAAAAAGCGCUCAAGAUCCUUGUGAUCGGCGACAUGCACGUAGGCAAGAGCUCGCUUCUGCUGCGAUUCUGCCGAAACGCUUUCAAUCCCAACAUGCGCGCCACGAUCGGAGUGGACUACCUCCUCAAGACGCUGACCAUCGAUCAAGUGGACUACCUAUUUCAAAUCUGGGACACGGUCGGGCACGAGCGGUUCCGCGCGAUCACGACAUCUGCCGAUUCGUUCACAAGCGUGAAGACGUGGUAUCGCAACCUGGAACGCAACGCACCACCAGGAACCAAUCGCAUACUGGUUGCCAACAAGUGUGACCAGAAAGACAAGAGAGUGGUGACCACCAGGCAAGGUCGCGAUCUGGCCGAAGCACUGGACAUGGACUACUUUGAAACAUCGGCUUCCAGCGGAGAGGGUGUAGAGGCCAUGUUCACGGCCAUUGCUACGCAGGUCAAGCGACGGGUCAUCGACAAAGACAGUGGCAAGAUGGCGGAAUCCUCCCCCUCAUUCGCCCUCCAAUCUGAAGAUGGGCGAGAAGGCUGUUGUGCCUGA